CAAACACUAAAAUCCCUUUUUCAUUUGUCUAAAUCUGUAUAAUAAUUUCUGUCCGACUUACCUUGAAAGUAACACAAAAUGAUAGUUCAACGAUGUUGAUAGCGGUUCAUCUUUAUGGGUAAGGAAGACUAUUGCUCUUUCACUUUGAUCCUUCUGGGCUCACCUGGUAACUGCCUGGAUCUGGAAAUCGGAGGUGGAGCACCCUACAAGUCUUGUCACAGUAACACUCUGAGACUAGCUACAUCAAGACAGGGUCUUAUCAAGGCAGGCAAGUGAACUCCCUACACAAACUGAGAGGAAAAAGAAAGCCUUGGAUGGUUUACCCCUCCAACCAACCUGUCAUGAUUUCUGCACUUGGGGUGCUCCCUUCCGACUGGUAUUUAGAUAACUCCAAGUCUCAGCCAUCCUCACAAAGAGACAACAUCUAGUGGCACAGCUGGUUUCCAUCUCCUGGGAGGGGGAAAACUUCACAGAGACGACUAGAGUCACAGAGGAAGUCUUAACUGCUGGAAACUGUUUCGUGUUUUUGAAGGAAAGCUUCUCUGCAAGACUUACACUAACCUUUCUGGCACACCUCCUAACUUUUGAGAGCUGAGUCUCACUUGCACUUUUACCUUUGAUCUGACAGUCCCUGCACCAUCCUUCUUUUCUUUCCUCUCUUCCACCUAUGCCUCUCUGUUGACGGCCACUUUUUGCGUGGUUUUCCCUUUUUGUCUCCCCUCGCCUCUGUUUCUCCUUGUGUUUCUGCUUUUGUCCUCCCCCUUUCUGCUGCCAAGCUGGAUUUUCUGCAGGCAAAGCAUCUGAAAAGGAAGAGGAAGAGUAACUACAGUGUGAGAGAAACACAGACUCUCAUCAGAGAGAUCCACAAGAGAAGAGAUGUAUUGUUUUCCAGACAGCAGAACACAGCAGUUAAUGAGCUGAAGAGGCAGGCAUGGGAGGAAGUGGCACAAGGUGUGAACGCGCUGGGGGAGGGGGAGCUGCGCACGGCUGCUGAGGUUAAGCGUCGUUACCUGGACUGGCGCGCUCUGACGAAGAAAAAACAGCUGAAAGCUGACCUCUCUCUGUCUUCCUCCUCGUCCUCCUCGCUGGCAAUGAAGACCGAGGACAAUCAGUCUUCCCCUGAGCACGAGGCAGCUUCUCUAGGGUCGGGGUAUGACCAGCUCCUUGACCUAUCGAGCUUCCCAAAGGACUGCCAGUGUGACUGGACAGAGUUGGCUGCUCUCAGUGAGCCGAGCGCCGGGCAGUCCACAGUGACGCACCAAAGUGUGAAGAUGGAAGAGGACAUCAGUGAAUACAGACCAGACGGUGAUGGUGGAGAUAGAGAGAUGGAUGAGGACGACAUCCCCUCCAUCCUCAGCGACAUUGAGACCCACGGAGACGGGCAUGCCAAUGAUGCUUUCUCACACAACCACAUCGGCAUGCUCGGCUCCUCCAGAGAUCCCAGCUGUACCAUCGGUAGAGAUCUGCUCCUGGAUGUGGGCAUGAUGGGAAUGCAGGCUCAUGGUUUUGGCGACCAUGAGGGUUUCCUGGUUGCGGUAAAGAAACAGCGAUUAGAACUGGAAAAACAAAGGCUUGCUGUGGAGACCGAACGACUGGCCGUGGAGAAGGAGCGACUGGCAGUGGAGAGGGAGCGACUCCGCCAGAUGGAGGUGGAAAGAGAACGGUUGCAACUGGAGAGGGAGCGUUUACAGGUGGAGAGGGAGAGGCUGAAACUCCUGAUCGUCAGUCAGUCAGAGCACAUCAACUCCUCUUUCAACCUUCCACCGCAGCAGGGCCCACCGUCGUCCUCCACCUCACUAUCCUCUUCUCAUGACGGACUGGGGGAGAAGAGAGGCAGGGGCUGGGUAUCAGUGGUGGAUCUGGAGACGGAAAAGAUUAACCUGGAGAAGGAGAGACUGCAGCUGGAGAAAGAGAGGCUACAGUUCUUCAAAUUUGAAGCAGGCAGGUUACAGAUUGAAAGAGAGCGUCUUCAAGUGGAGAAAGAGAGAAUGCAGCUGCACAAAAACACCAAUCAGUAAAGGCCUUAAACAAAAGAGAAUAUAGAUGGAUCACAUGCAAGUACAUAACUGAGCACUCCAGAAGAGAAUUGGUCUAAAUAGAAGCCCUAAAUGGAGGCCAAGCACGUUUAAUAAAGCAGUGCCCUUUCAUAUCUCUGUAAAAUGGCAAAAAGACAGAGCUAUGCCAGUGUUAAAAGAUCAGUUUUGCAUUGAUUUAUUCACGUCUGGGUCGUCAAUAAAGCUAAUCAGUACUUGAUGGAAAAAACAGUCAUUAUGCUCAUUAAGCUUACAACAAUGAAAAAACUAAAAAACAUUAACUCUAUGUUUUCUUGUAGAAUUUGUGAUGUUUACAGUUUCCUGUCAAGCGCUUGUGUUAAAGUGUUAUACGUGAGGGUAGUCGUGAUUGUAUUAACUUACUAACGGCCGUUCACAGACAUUAAACUUGUCAACAUGGAAAAUACGCAAAAGUGAAUUAAGUGAAUGACGGAAAACCAAGGCAGCUAUACAAUUAUAUACCAUAAUAUCAUUCAGACUUCAACCAGUUCACACUAACCUUUUUUGUUACUACAUAAAUGAGACUUUUUACAUUUUUACCUGUUUAAAAGUUGAGUGUUUGGUCUGCAUGUUGGAAAAUAUUGUUUGAGGUUCUGCUGUGAUCAAACAGUAAAGGUUAACUGAAACUUUCUUCUGCUGCUUUAUUUAAACCAAUUCCACCUAGCGCAAUUAAUUGCAUUUCAUUGCACAAUAUAUUCCAUAUUUAUCAGAUAUCAUCAGUUUGUCAUCAGUUAAAUGUCACAUUUCC